GCGGAGCAUGGGCCCCUGAUCCACGCACUCAUGGAGCCCGAGGACCCUCAGGACCCCGACUCCUUCGACUUCCUCUUCAAGAUCAUCCUCAUCGGAGACUCCAACGUGGGCAAGACCUGCCUGGUGCAGAGCUUCAAGAGCGGCCUGUUCUCCGAGGCGCAGCAGAACACCAUCGGAGUGGACUUCACCGUGCGCACGCUGUCCAUCGACGGCCGCAGGGUCAAGAUGCAGGUCUGGGACACGGCGGGGCAGGAGCGUUUCCGCACCAUCACACAGAGUUACUACCGAAGCGCUCACGGGGCCAUGAUCGCGUACGAUCUGACCCGGCGGACCACCUUCGAGUCUCUGCGGCACUGGAUACAGGGUGUGGAGCAGUACGGCGCCGCCAGCGUCGUCUUUGUCCUGAUAGGUCAGAGCUGCGAGGAACUUCUCCAUCAGCCAGCUGAGCGCUCGCGACGUCAAAUAUAGACUUAAACCACCCCUAAGGUUUUAAAAGAAAAUUCAAUAAUUUAAGACAUUCACACGUGCACAUUUGUCUGAU